AUGUCGUUGAGAGAAGUAACUAACUAUGAAGUUUCCUUCUAUAUCCCAUUGUCUUAUAGCAACAGGACUCAUAAAGUUUGUAAACUGCCAAACGGUAUUUUAGCAUUGCUAAUAUCGGAUCCAACAGAUACCUCAAGCUCAUGCUCACUGUCAGUUUGCACGGGUUCCCAUAACGAUCCAAAGGAUAUUCCAGGUUUGGCGCACCUUUGUGAGCAUAUGAUUCUUUCUGCCGGUUCCAAAAAAUACCCUGAUCCUGGUUUAUUCCACACACUAAUCGCAAAAAAUAACGGCUCUCAAAACGCCUAUACGACAGGGGAGCAAACAACUUUUUAUUUUGAAUUGCCCAAUACUCAAAGUAACGGCGAAUUUGCAUUUGAAUCUAUCUUAGAUGUGUUUGCGUCAUUCUUCAAAGAGCCGCUCUUCAACCCUUUAUUGAUAAGCAAAGAGAUAUACGCCAUACAAAGUGAGCAUGAGGGAAACAUAUCAUCAACGACAAAAAUAUUCUACCAUGCAGCAAGAAUUUUGGCCAAUCCCAACCACCCUUUUAGUCGCUUUUCCACUGGCAACAUACACUCGUUGUCAAGCAUUCCACAAUUGAAGAAAAUAAAGCUAAAAAGCUCGUUAAACACUUACUUCGGAAAUAAUUUUUUUGGGGAGAAUAUAACGUUGUGUAUAAGGGGACCACAGUCCGUUAAUAUUCUUACUAAACUAGCCAUAUCAAAAUUUGGCGAUAUAAAGCCCAAAAACGGUGUGAAAGAGAGAAAUAUUUCGAUCAGGACGGGGUCAUUUCAAAGAUCGAAGUUGUUAAAAAAAACUCUAGAUCCUUCUAAAAACGAUUAUCGUAACUUGGAAACCUUCAAAAUACUAAACACAGUAUGGGAAAAAAAAUACAAAAAUACAAUGUGUUUUCAACAAGUUCCUGAAUGUAAUUCGAUAUUUAUCAAUUCAAGCAAAGUACCUGUAAUGAGAUUUCUAUUUCCUGUUAGCGAUAAAUACACCCGGUUUACAAAGAAAGACAUUAGAAUAUACAGUCAUCUGUGGUGUGAACUUUUUGGCGAUGAGUCUCCAGGGUCUUUGAGCCAUUAUUUAGUGUCAAAAGGCUGGAUCACAGGCUGUUUCGCAUUUACCUCAGAAUUCGCUAUUGGUGACAUAGGAUUAAUCUUGGAAUUAGAAUUAACAAACAGUGGCUGGGAAAGUAUUAAGAGAAUUACGACAACAAUACUCGAUAGACUCUUGCCUUCCUUUUACGUAAAGAACAUCGAUUACUUAAUCGCGUUUUUGAAAGAACAGAAUUUGAUUGACCUCGUUAGUUUUCUGUACCAAAGUUCAGAGGAUCUUCCCAUGGAAGAGUGUUCAAACUUAAGUGGUAUUCUUCAAGAAAAUUUGGAAUGUUUGUCCGCCACCAACAUAUUCAAAGGAUUUAAAUCUCUUAUCGAAAUAGAUGAUCCUAACAUCGAAAAAUAUGAAAACACAAAAGCCAAUAUUCAAUGGUGGACAGGGCAAGCGAUUAAAUUCCAAAAUUUUUUAAAGUCUUUCAUGAAUCAUGACAACAUGCGCCUUUUACUCUUGGGGGAUGUAAAAUCUUAUAAAAUAUUCGAUAAAAUCGAAAAUAAGAGUGACAUGCGCACUGAUUUUUACUAUGAGUUUGAAUAUUAUACGGCAAAUGUUCAUCUAGCAAGCAAUGAUAAGUCCUAUCCAAACAGCUCGUAUGAAUUUAAUUUUCCCACAAGCAGUCUCUUUUUACCGGAUUACGUCAACGAUCCUUUAAAACUACAACAGCUCUUCUUAGAAUGUUCGCUAAGAUCGAAAUUUGCUACGCUUAGACCCCAAAUUUAUAGUGAGCCCAUUAAGAGAAUGCCUCAAUUAGUCAGCAAGAACCUAAAUUAUGAGAUGUGGAUUUUAAAAGAAGACCCAAAUUUUGCUUCGGACAAUAAAUCCGUCGUGUCGUUUGAAGUUUUGGGGUUAGGUAUCAAACCCAGUCCGGAGGCAACAAUCCAUCUGGAAGUGCUAGCACAGGCGUUAUUUAUCAUCACCUCUUCAUACCUUUACCCUUCUCUGAGAAUUGGUUAUACAUAUGAGAUUGCCUCCUCAAGCAAGGGCAAUGUAACGCUCCGAUUUACUAUUUCUGGAUUUCCUGAGGGUGUUUUUACAAUAGUAAAGACGUUCGUAGAUACCCUAAAACAGAUUGCAACAGAUCCCACGUUUCUUUCCAAAGAUACCUUGAGAAAGGCAAGAAUUCUAGUUAGAAAUAAAUACGAGAACGCGUCAUCGGACAACUGCGUGAAAUUAGCUAGCAUUGGGUUACUGAUUGUUUUAGAGGAAUAUGUAUGGACUUUAGAGGAUAGAAUUAAUGCAUUAGAGCUUACAGAAAUGGAAUCUUUCAAAGAAUUUUGUUGUUUGUUCUGGAAGAAUCCCAAACAAUUGGUCUUGUUCAUGCAGGGAAGCCUUGAAUAUGCUGACGUAAUCAAUCAUUACUUAAAUAACAAUUUUACGCAGCAUCUAAAGAUCGGCAGUGAAGGUACCAAACCGACCAUAUGUCUUUACCCUUCGCCAAGUACCAAAGAUCUAGAUCAAGGCACAAAUGCCUUUAUAUCAUAUAAUGGUCAUCAGGAUGAUCCCAACAAUAGUAUUGUGUAUUUUAUUCAAACCGCACGAAGGGAUGAUAUCGAAAACCUGACGCUAACGUUUCUUACCGAAUAUUUAUUUUCGCUAACGCUAGUACCUGAUUUAAGAAAUAAAAAACAAAUUGGGUACAUUGUUUUGGGAGGUCUCAGAGUUCUAACAGACACCGUUGGGAUUCACAUAACUGUAAUGUCUGGCAGUUCGGCGCACAAUCUUGAAACCAAGAUCAAUGAGUACUUAUCUUACCUGCAACUUCAGGUGCUAAAUAGUUUUACUGAGUUUGAUUUUCGAAAAACACUUCUGGAGCCGUUCUUGAGUCUUUUGAAACAGAACAAUAUUAACAAGUUCGAAGGGUCGGCUGGCCCCAUAGACCUGCUAAAUGAGAUAGUGGCUAACGUGCAAAACGGUGAUAAUUACACUCUUAACAAUAGGCAAAUGAAACAACAUAGGAAGGUAAGAAAUAAAAUUGCCGAAAAGAGACUUAAUUUUCAAGAAGAAUAUGAAAUGGUUGAUAUAUCCUUUUUGCAAAAGCUAAGUCUGAAGAAAUAUUUAGCAUUUUUCGAGUCGAAAAUCUCCAUAUAUUCAACUCAAAGAAGUAAGCUCUCAAUAAUGAUUACAAGUCCAAUGGCAGAAGAAGAAAUUGCAAGCAGGAAAAUGUUUCUCCAACUGGAGACCUUUCUGAAAAUAAAGGGAUUCGCCAUAAAGAAUGAAGACUUGAAAAAAAUUGUCGAAAAUUCAAAGGGUAAUCCUAUGUUACUUAUAAAGAACCUUUUCACUUAUUUUCGUAAAAGAAAUGAAGUUUUCAAGCUUGGCACCGUGGUAUUGCAGGAAAUAUUGAAAAUCAUUGGAAUGAAUUUCAGGCAGAGGUACGGCUCUAUAUUAGGCUUUUCUUUCCAUGACGGUGAAGGACAGGACAUAGAAAAGUUUUGGAACAACGACACAAACCCGAUUAUUCCUCUGCAGGAACUUCCUGAGCCAAAUGUUUUUCGGAAAUUCGCUUUUUAA